UUCACAUUGGUGUAUAAAAGGCAAAGGGCGUUCAACUCUUUUUUUCAGUUUCUUCAACAGUUGUGUAGUUUACUGUAUCUUUCGAGAACAGACAUUGGUUUUUGCGAAACGACUUCUUAUUACCAAGUGUGCCUACCCACAGUCCCCCAAGCAGAGCGCAGCAAUGGCAAGAUUGCAGACCAUCAGUGAGGCGGAGAUCCAGGAGAUGAGCAGUACACUGCAAUCGCGGCUGGUGACAGAGGUGGUGGCACAGGUACAGGGCAUGCUGGAACAGGUGAACUCUACCACGCUGGACAUUGCGGUCACGGGGGAGUCCGGCUCGGGGAAGUCUUCCUUCAUCAACGCCUUCCGGGGCGUUGGUGACGAGGAUCCGGAGGCUGCGCGGACUGGUGUGACGGAAACUACACGGGAGGCCGUUGCCUACAUGCACCCCACCAUGCCCACCGUCCGUCUGUGGGACUUGCCAGGCAUCGGGACGCCCACUUUCCACCCUGAGCGCUACCUGCAGGAUGUGGGACUUGCUCGGUACGACUUCUUCAUCAUUGUGGCGUCCGAGCGUUUCCGGGAGUGUCACGUGACGCUGGCCCGGUGUGUGGAACAGGCCGGAAAGAAGUUCUACUUUGUGCGCAACAAGGUGGACAAUGACCUGGAGGCUUCGGCCAGGAGGAGAGGCGGGAAAGGUUUCAGCAAGGGGGACGUUCUGGAGAAGAUACGAUGCAACUGCGAGGAGGGCCUGAGGAAAAGUGGGGUGGCGAAGCCCCGGGUGUUCCUGCUCUCCUGCUUCCAGCCGCAGCGUUACGACUUCCCCCUCCUGCAGGACACACUGGAGAGGGAACUGGAGGGCCACAAGAGGCACGUCUUCCUCCUGGCGCUACCCAACCUUACUUCUGCUGUGCUGGAGAAGAAGAGGAAGGCGCUGGGUGGGAGCGUGUGGCGGACAUCGAUGGCGGCUUGUUUGAGCGCUGUGACACCAGGGGGCGCUGUCCGCAGUACUGUUCCUGCACUGAUGGAAACUCUGCGGUCCUAUCAGCGCAGCUUUGGCCUGGAUACUGACUCCCUCUGCCGUCUGGCCAACCUGACAGGAAAAUCGUACCAGGAGCUCUACAGGGAGGUGCGCUCCACUUCUGGCAAGGAGCUCUCUUUGCAAAGUGUGGAGGGGAUGCUCUCCCAAGUGGCUGUGGGGCAGCAGGUCCUGGCAGGAUUUCUGGAAAACCGAGUCCCAGUGCUGGGCACCAUUACCUCUGGUGGGGUCUCCUUUGUAGCCUCGUACUUCCUUCUGAGGUCUGCACUCAAGGACCUGAGCGAGGACGCUGAAAGGGUCAUGCACAAAGCCCUGGAGGGGUCAGGUGCAGAGUCCAAUGACCGCCAAGAGGAUAUUCCAGAUCCAGGGGACUUCUACUAGAACUGGGGGAGCCAGAUCUUGCCUGGGGUUUUGGGUGUGGCUGACAAGAAGAAGAUUUUGAAUACACAAAUGGGGCACUGAAUUGAGGGUGUAUUUUUUUCAUAGAAAUAAAGCCAUUUGAGGAGUUAUGUUGAGAAUUAGGUUCCAGCGUCAGUCUUGUUUUGAAAGAUUCUGAAGUAUGAAAGCACCAUGGAAAUGGACCACUUCCUGUAUGAAGUGAGAACAGCGAAUGGUCCUCUUCCGCUUUUGUGGUUGUGAUAGUUGAAACCAACACUGUCAGAAAAGUUCAACGUUAAUUACAGUCUCUGUGGUUGUUACAAGACAUGCAGGACAGCAUGAGUAACAGUCAACUCAU